UUUCUUCAUCGGUCAACGAGGUCUAGCUUUCCAGUUUACGAUCAUGCCGCGGAGUUGUCCGAAUUAUAUUGUUAUAUGGCUACCGGUUGCUACCGCCGGUACGCUUUGCGACCUCUCAAGCCGCGGAGCUUCCGAGGCGCAAGCUCCUGCUGACUCUAAAUCUAUUGAUCCAUAUGCCCACGGUGCUAGCAGCCUAGAUUUCAGGUUUCUUAUGCCCAAUUAUUGCAGUUUCUCUCUCCACAAUGGCAAAUGCACGAUAGAGACUGGAUCUGGCCCCUGUUUUCAGACCGAUGGAGGGCGGUGGGCGCAGUGUUCGGCUUUGAUACAAAGGGUUCAGAUGUUAAUCUGGAUAUCUUGAUCGAGAUCAUUCUCGAUCGGUACUUGCCUCCAGUUGGCUCCUGCGAAGAAUCCAGCUUCUGUUGGUGGAUAUAUGUAUCCAGUCUCCAGAACAGCCGUUCCAGGAAUCGUGGGCACCCAGCCUUCACACUUCACAGGGCGGCCGCGCUGAACGUGGGUGGCAGGACUUCGUUCAGCCAGAGUUCACAAGUUUGAGCACUAGUGCGAUUCGAUUCGAUCAGCCAGUGUCCGAGAGACUUUUGCUAUUGGAUGGGGGGCUAAAGCCAAGGCCGAGGCAAGCCACCCCUUUGCAGGCUCAGUGCUCUAGGAAGCAGCAGCAGGGACGCGGCGGCGGAGAUCGGGAAAAUCGGCC